UUUCAUUUAAACUAUCUACAAGCAACUUAUACCCAAUUUUUUUAUAAUGUAUUUUUUGCUUCACUUUGUCAUCAAGACAUCAACAACAAUAAGUUUUUAACUUACGGUAACUAGAGCAACCGUAAAAAUUUGUAAUGGACUAAAUCUUAAGACUUGUCAGUAUGGCAGGCAUGCAAUUUGAGUAUGAUGAGGAAGGGGGGACAUUUUUUUAUUUCUUAUUGUCCUUCUGGGCCCUAUUGCUCAUUCCGGCAACAUAUUUUUUAUGGCCAUCAAAACAAGAUGCCGGUAAUUUAUGCAAGAUUAAUGUUUUAUGUUUAAAUUAUGUUGUCUAGUUUUUAAAACACGAUAAUUCACGUCUACGUGUCGUAUUGUCCCGGCAAGGAAUAAUAGUCGACUUUUUAAAAUAAAAUAAAAAAUACGGACAGCGAUUGACCUAUGAUGAUGCGUCUGAUUACUAAAUAAGGAAAACAAGAUACCAAAGACCCAAUAACAGAUAAGUCUUAUGACUUGUGACAAAUGAUGAAUCAUCAUGUCAUGUCAUCAACAAAGUUAAAGUCACAAUUCCCAACCCAAUCAGUUGUCAAACCCCUGUACUGUGACUGUGUGUAUAAGAGUCCUUCGCCGUCGCUACUUCUAACUACAAAACCAGUACUAGGACAUAAGUGUUAUAAGUACACUAACUGGUAGGCUACAGGCCAAAUUUGGUGCUAAAUUUAAAUGGCACUGGUCAGUGUUUCCUAAAGCACAAAAAGUAGAAGAUUAUUUAAGGGGGACAUUCCGAUGUAUGAGUUAUCAGUAUGUUUCGCCAAUAUUUGCCGUUAGUAUUAGCGAAUAGUCAUUAGUAAUUGUAUCUGUUAUAUUGAUUUUACUAAAGUUGGUUGAGGGUGUUGGGGUGAGGGACAUGAUUAUGAAUGAUGUUCUUAAAGUUAACAACUUAACUGUUAUUGGUAACUGUUUGUCAUGCUAUUUGUUGCAACACAAUCAAUAGGCUAAUUGUUGAAUUUAAGGAGUUUAAGAAUUUAACAUGCAGCCAGCGGAAUUAAUGUUCAUUUUUCCUGACAGAACCGUUGGGGCCUGGUAUUGUUAAAAAAAGGGGUGGUGUGUUGCUUUUGUAACCGUUCUAACCUUAGGUGCUCAUUGGGGGCAAAAAGGUUUGGAAACACUGGCUUAAGAGCAAGGCAUUAGUAAAGCUUAAGCCAUAAUAUUUUGACAUAAUGUAACUAAUAAUUGGUUUGGUAUCAAGAUAUUUUAAAAAUGUAGGGAUCUGUGUCUUGUAUUAGCUUGUAACACAUUUGUUAUAUGACCCUGCCAGGAGAGAGUGUUUCUGUUUAUUUUAUGACAUAUUUUUCUUUUCCAUUCCAAUCCAUAUAGUUUUUUUUUUCUACAGGUGGUCACAUCCGACUUUUGCUUAACAAGCAUAUUAUUAGCUAGUUAUCUAUUACUUGGGCUACCACCUAACAAUUUUUAAUGGGGGGUUUUUUUUGGGCUCUUUCCAAGACAUUAUUUUGUUAUGACUCUAACUGCACUAUUGUGAUGCACUGCUGUCACGAAAACCUCUGCGUUUGGUCAAAAAUGUUGCCCAGAUGAUGCAUCACAUUGUUCUCCUUUUUAACUUAGGUUCAGAUUAUUCACAAUAUUAACUAGAUACACAGUUUUUGGUAUGCAUUUACAUAGUUUGUACUUCAUGAAUUUAUUGCGCAGUUUGUUUAUUAAGUGAUCCAGAUUUAUCUAUCAAUUAUUUAUUAUGGCGUUAAGUUUUUUUACCAUUCUCUGCCAGCUUGACCAAUAGAAAAAUUUACCCAAUGCUGAACUAACGCCUAACAUCAACUAUACAACCUAAUUAUAACCAUCAUUAAUGUACAUUAGAAAUGCCUAAAAUCCAUCUAACCUCAACUUCAAGAUAUAAUUAUUGCCUAAAGGAAGCUUGAAAUACAACUGUUUUUGAAUCUGAAUUGAAUAAUGCCUCUUUUGUACAAUGGACCUUUGAUUUUACUUGCUUUUGUGGAAAAUUUGCACUAUAUCCUAACCUGCUCAUAGGAUAUUUCAGGGACUGACCAAAACAAUAGAAUGCAAAAUAAGAUCAUUGUUGUUUGUCCUCCUGUGCAAAUAUGACAUGACCAAGGCUUGGACUUGAGUAAAAGCCAUUACUCUCUCGUCCUUGCCUAUUUGUUCCAAUGGCAAGACUUAGUCAAGACGACUGGAAAUUGACCAGGAUGCAGUAGAUGACAACAGUGUUUUUUCUAGUCAAGUCUUUUUACUUUGGAUUGAACUCCGGUCCACAAGCUUGGCCACUCAGUUUAAAAUCACUGGGCCACUCAGCACCGUUAAAUCAUUAAAGGUUAUUUAGAUAAGCAGUGACACAAAAUUAUUAUUACAUAUAAAAUGAAACUUAUGCUAUUCUCAUACUGAUAUUUAUAAAGCAUCAGUUUUUUCAGGACCCAUUGUUCACUUCAGGCUGCAGUUCAACCAAAUCAUGUGUCAACCAUUGAACCUUGUGGGCUAUUUCAAGAGUUCAGUGUAUUUUGUAAUGUUAAUCUUUGUGUCAGGGUUGUGUGUGUGUGUAAUUAAAAGCACUCAAAUUGCACAUCGAGAAAUUCUCUAAAACCAUAUUGUAUUUUUUAUUUAUUCAUAGGAGUCGACGAUAAAAAACGAAAAUGCCAGUGUCCACCCUGCCUUAUAAAACAAGAAACUUUAGCAAAGGAAAAAGCAACUAUUAAACCCACAGUUAUGUAAGUACCAUUGUUAAAAAUAUAUUAUGCUUAAUUUUAAAAGCUUUUAAAGCUUGGCAGUUAAAAAAAUAAAAUAGAAACCAUAAAAAAGUUAUUAAAUUUGAGAGUACAUUUCAAUAUAUUAUCGUAACUCGUCAUUUAUAAUUUAAAUUUGAUUUUAUACAAAUGAUUUGAAAGUAUAACAGGAUAAACGUAUAUGUUUUUUUUCAUUUAGAGAAAAUAUUAUUUAAAGUUUGUGUAAUAUUUUGUUUCCAUGUGUUUUCAGCACAAGAAAAUAAAAAAAUAAAAAAAAGUGAAUAAAUAAUUAAAAUAAAAUAUUUUUAUUAAUGUAGCUUUUAAAUUUAAAGUAACGGAAGUGAAAUAUUGCUCCAUGUGUCUUGUGCACAUUUGCGCUCCCAUUCUGACCCUGCCUACAACCAACUAAAGAUUUUCUUAACAGAUCUCAGAUAUAAUUUAUAAAAUGGCUCUUCAGUCAAAAAAGGUUGCCAGUCUCUUGUUGAAUAAAACGUUUUAAUAAAAAAAAAAAAAACUGUAAUAGCAUAGUCUUGGGAUGUUUUAGAAAAGGCCUGCACAUUAUGCGGGCCGCAAGUGGCCCGCCAGCACCCACUUGGCCGCCCGCGAAGUAAAGAAAAAUUAUUUAUUAUUAUUAUUUUCUUAAUAGCUUUCCCACUGUCCUAUCAUCUUUCGGCCCGCUCAAGCUUUUCAUAAAGUAUUACGGCCCGCACAAGUUGUUCAUAACGUAUUAUGGCCCGCCUGACAUUUUGAGUUGUGCAGGCCUGUUUUAGAAGACCAGACAUCUUUUUUAUUUUGUUCCUACAGAGGUAUAAAUUAGUCCCCUUUUGUUUCCUAGUUCUUUACGUUUUCCAGUGCUCAUCAAGAUAAUUACUUUAUACAUUCAAUGAUAAUUCAAAUGCCACAUCUUUUCUUUACUUUCAGUAAGAUCAUUUUGGCGAUCGGUUGGGUGAUUUUUAUUCUACUAGCAUGGAAAGUUUCCAUAAUCCAAUUAGAUUAUGUAGAGUACGACCCCUUUUUAGAGCUCGGCAUCGAUCGGGUAUGUUUGAAGCUAACAAAUCUGUAAUUAUUUUAUAAUUAUUCAUGAUUUAUUUGUUUUAUGCAUACUUAUUUAUUAUUGUCAACACUUUGUUAUUUAUUUCUUAAAAAUUGCUUUAAAAAUCCACAGGGUGCAGCUACAGCAGAAAUCAAACGUGCCUACAGACAACUGAGUAAAAUAUAUCACCCUGAUAGAGAAACCGGAGAUCCUAAGAAGUUCAUGAGGAUAGCGAAAGCAUAUGCAGCGUAAGAUCUUUUUUCCCCCGAGGGUUGUGGGUCUUCUUACUACUUACAGGUUUUAAUCAAUGUUUAGAAAGAAUAGGAGCUAAAUGUUCUUUGCUGUUUGGCUAUGCAAGUCACACAUAACUUUUCUUUGGCAGGCUAACAGAUGAAGAAUCCAGAAAAAAUUGGGAGGAAUAUGGCAAUCCAGAUGGACCAGAAGGUGAACAUAUUUUUAAAAUCCACUUUCAAAGAGAUUUUAUUAAGAGCAUAUUUUACUGCUUUAUUCCGCACCUCAUAAUCGACACUACUACAAAUCCAGCUUAUUAUUUUGAAGAAUAUUUGCUAAUAUUUUGGCCUAUAUGGGCUUAUUGCGAUAGAUAGUAUAAAUUUCUUCCACAAAAGGGUCAAAAGAUUUAACGCUUACAAACUACUUCUAAUGACCCUUUCAGCCACUCGAUUUGGAAUAGCUUUGCCAAAAUGGAUUGUUGAAAGAGAAAAUUCGAUGUGGGUAAGUAACAGAACUAUCAAUAUGUUUAUGUUGAAGUUAACUGAAUAAGUCAUGAAAAAUGCUUCAACGCUGUUAUGUUUUAAAUGUUUUUAAAUGCAUUUUUUUAGUUCAAACGUUAUCUGUAGCUAUAUAUAGCUAAAUAGUUGUACUACAUUUUUUUUUUCUCAAUGGUCUAGGUUUUGGCUGUGUAUGGCUUGGUGUUCAUGAUCAUAUUGCCAGUGGUUGUGGUAAGUCCGUGGUUUAGCUUAAUUCUCACAGAUCCUUAACUAUGUUCUCUUUUUAAUCAUAAUUUUUUUUAUCACUGAAAAACACCAAUGAUGUUAAUUAAGGAUAUUAGAGAAUUUAAGAAGGAGGUCCCUUUGCAUUGGCUUGGUGUUUUCAAGCCCUCAUCAGAUGCAAAUGCAAUUAAGCUUUUUUUUCAUGUUAAAUUAAUGAACUGACCUUUCAUUGGCCAGGGUGUCUGGUGGUACCAGUCCAUCAAGUUCAGUGGAGAUCAAGUGCUGCUGGAAACAACAAAAAUUUAUUACUACUUCAUAAAUCGAACGCCUAACAUGAUCUUAAAACGUAAGUGUAGCCUUGAGUAAAAAGGUCAUCUGUAAAAUAAGUACUCGAAAAAAAAUAUUUAAAAAAAUCACAUUUUGAUACCAACCCCCCUUACAUGUACUUUUUUUGGACAUAACCCCACUGCCUGCAUUCAAAUUAGCUUUGUCCCUCCUUACCCAAAAUAAAAAAGCAACAGUAAAAUCAAUUUAUUGGUGAACAGCAGUUAGAAUUUCAAGAUACUUGUUGCAGAAUUUGAAAAUAAAUAUACAUAUUUUCUUCAAAAACUCUCACCCUCAACCCCCCCCCCCCCCAAUCACCAUGUGCACCUAAAUCAGCAACUACCCCCCUCAGUGCGUAUUAUAUUGAUGGUCCCUAAGUUUAAUUAUUGAUAAAGUUUCAGAGAGUAUUUUUUAAUUAAAAAAACUGCAAAAAAAUUUCCGCUUUCUGGCUCCCCUUCCUACUAAUUGCAUCUCAUACAUUUUCUCCAAUCUUAUGCUUUGAUUUUAUGACCCCAGAUAGCAAGGUCAACCUUGACAUUCAUUUAAACUAAUUAUUUGUUUUACAAUGUGCCCGUUCAAAGCAGACUUGGGAACAAAAGCGGCAAAAUAUGUGAAAAUAAAAAAAUCAGAGCAAAAAAAUACCAUUGUCUAAGAAUUCGUUUUUUUUAAAAUAAUCUGAAAUAUUUUCGCUUUUAACCAAAAUUUAAAAACAAUUAUGCAAUCAUCGCCAGACUUCUCAUGAAAUUUUCAGACAAAUUUAAAAAUGUCACUUUAUCAACCACUUGCAUUAAAAUUUGUUUUGUUGUUUGUUUAAAUUAUUGCAGUGAAAUAUUAAUAUGCUAUGAAUCAUUUUUUUAAUGUUUUAAUCGGGACAAUGAAAUUAAGAUUCUUUGAUUCAUAUAUAUAUUUAUUGUUGUUGUUGUCUUCAUACAUAAUUAUCAAGACCUCUCUACCUUGGCCUCAUUCAUAAUGGAUAUUUAAAAAAAAUUUUUUAUCUUGAAAUGAUUUAACAAAAAAAACCUAGCACUACUUAGAUUAAUAUAUGCAUGAAUAUAUUUUCAACGUGUGGAAAAGCAUUUGAAUAACUAAUUUUUGGUAUCCAUUGAUCACAAUCCCAUGUAGGAGCUGUACAUGUCCUUGGUACAUCUUGUGAGUUUGACAGAAUGCACAAUGCUGAAAUCAUUGAAAGGCCCACUGACAAUGAAGAGCUUCCUCUUGUAAGUUAACAGUUAUGGCGGAAUAUUACUGGUAUUGUUUGCAUGGGUGAUUUGUUUUUACAGGUGACUCAUCUGAAAAGUUGUUUUUUUCUUUCAUCGGUGGUGUUACUUUAUUAGAUGCAAAAUUUCUCAGCUCAGAAGUCCUUGGGGUGUUUUGUCAACCACAUUUUUUCCUUUCUUUUCUUACUUUUUCCCCCCACACUUAAAAAAAUAUACAACAAAUCUUCAGCGGAAACUGGUUGACACACCCACUGCUCAAUUCUCUAUUUCAAACACAGCCCAUUUUCAAGAUGCAAGAAAUAUGGGGAUUAUUUAAUGCAGGGCAUUGUUAGUUUAACUGACAGCAGCUGUUUUAAGUUCAAGACCAGUUUUCUGUCUUUCAUCAACCUUGUAAUUUGACUUGCCUUGGUUUAUCUGAUCAAUUUGAUCAAGUACUGACAAUGGAUGUAGGACUUGCAUAGGAUAAAACUACAUAAAUUUCAUACAGGAAAAGGUUAAAUCCGGUAUUGAGAUUAUAUAGAAUUAACGUUUGCAAGUCUGCAUGUUUGAAAAACACUGGGAACCUGAUGUAAUGUGAUAAUUAAGGUCCAUAUAAUGUGAUAAUUAGGGUCCAUAUAAUGUGAUAAUUAAGGUCCAUAUAAUGUGAUGAUUAGGGUCAAUUAAAUAAGAUCAUGUUGAUAGUGUCAUCAUGUUAAUUCGAAAUUUUAAAUAUUUUUAUGAGACCUACCCCAUUUGCUACCCAAUAAGCUUUAGGUGCAUACCAACAUACAUGUGCAACCUGGUCUGGUGAGAAGCAUUGCUUCCAUGUGAAUAGUAUUGGAUUUAUACAGCAAGAAAAGUGGACAUUAUUUACUUUAAACGUUGACGUCUAAUAACCACCACCAAGCUUUCAUCCUUUGGUGUCUGUUCAUUUCAAAUAUGAGGAACCACACUACUAUCAUAUUAUUUUUAAAUUAAUACUUAUAUUCUCCAAAAUGAGUAAAAUAUUUAGUAUUUAGUAAAAUACAAACAACUAAUUUUGAGAGCCAUUCCAUGAUCACAUUAGAGCAGGACUCUUUUGCAUGUGUGUAAAUGGUGUGUAAAUGUAAAAUUUUCUUAAGCCAGAAUUAGAAAAUGUUGCUCAUAUAGAUAAAUUGUAAGGGCCCAAUAGCUGCUAAAAUCUAUAGGCUGAAACAUGGGUCAACACAGCAAUCCUGUAUAAUUUACUACCGAGUUGAUGUACAUAAUGAUGUUACAAUGGACUACAGCAACAAAUUCUAUGUUAAAAAAAAAAAAUCAUGGCGUGUAAAUUUCUUGCGAGAUCAUUCACCGGCCCUCUUUUCUGAUCAAGGCUGGGGACUUUGGAUAUUUUAGCUCGAUGCUGGGAACCAUCCAUGUCUCUACACGACCCAUUACCUUCGUUAGCUUGUGUCCUUGCUGUCAUUUAAGUACCAUUAAAUUACAUGUGUACGAUUUCCAUCCUUUCCUAGUUGAUCAAGCAGCUUCAGAAUGUUCAGGAAAAGAGCAGGGAACGCUCCUACUGUGUUAAAGCCAGAGCUUUAUUGCUUGCCCAUUUUCAGAGACUGCCACUUAACCCGGAAACUUUAGCUGUCGGUAAGUCCUGCUGCUUUAAAUGCUUCAAAACCGAUGUAUUUAUUAGUUGUUUCAGAUAUGUAGUAUCGACUCCUGCAUAUUAGAGGAGUGCAUGAGUUUAAAGUAGCCAUAUUCAAAAUUUUCCUACUGAGGGCACCAGAAACAAAAAAAUUGUUGCUCUAGUCCUCUGAAAUUCGCAAUCAGUGUAUAUAAAAUUAUUAAUUAUAAUAAAGGAUUACAAAAUAGAAGCUGCACACAGCUGUUUCCUUCCUACAUUGCUUUCAUGGACCUAAAUGAAACAACAUCUAUAAACAAAGUUUUUCAAUGUAAAUCCUUCAUGUGCAUUUUUUAUUAUUUAAUUUUAUAACAAUAUACUAAUGUCUCAUCCGCGUUUAGACCUCCGAUAUAUUUCACCAACUAUUUCAGAAAAUCAAAAGAAAAUAUUACUAACCAAGCGCAUUUGCAACAUUUUUUGUGAAAGAAUCUUAUUUAGUGCAGUUAUUGGUAAUUUUAUUUCAUGAAAUCAGUGGCAUCAUAUUUCCUUCAUCUUCCCCUUGAAAAACAGGAAAAACUGAUGGUUGUGGGUGGGGCUGAAAAUUAGAUAGAAUGUGUUAAGUUUCCGCUCGAUAGGAUGACAGGAAGAGGGUCCAUUAGGUGUCUGAAGAUUUUCCAGCCAGCCACACACAAAAAGAGAAGUUAAAAUAAAGGAUUUUAAAAAAACGUUUGGCUUGGUCAGGUAGGGAGAAUUUUUCAGGCUCCUGCAGAAAAUUUUUAUGUCUCUCACAACCACCCACUACCACAGAACAGUGCACUUUAACGGAACAGUGCACCACAACAGUUAUUGGAGAAAUUUGGGCAAGAGGAAACUACUGAGCUCAUUAAUAUUUAUUGGGGGAUCGAGUCCUGUUAAGAAUAUAUUUUCAUGCACUUGAGUUUAACUUCAGUGCUCUUACUCUUAUGUCCCGCUUAUAUGUUUAUAUAUAUGCUAUUAAUCUUAAGGGAGUAGUAAAAUGACAGUAGCUUCAUUGCUGACUUAAUAAAUGCAGUCAUAUAGAUAUCUUUAAGAGAUUCUUUGCACUCUGGUGCAAUAUCGAACGUUAUUUAUUAUCAGCAAUCUAUCAAUGCUGCAUUCAGUUUACACAAUAUAACGUUUAAAAUUAAAGAAAGAAAAGGGGAUGGAAGAUGUAUUCAGGAGCUACCGUCAGUAAAACUACUGAUUUAUUUAGCUACAAUUUCAUUGAUUGGAGUUGAGGCAAGAGAACAAAACACAUUUGUUGGACAUAGAAUAAAAGAUUAAAAGCCUGCUCUUUAAAAUAUAAAAAUAUAAUGCUAAAACCUGAAGCGUAUUAUGUGCACUUUUUUCAAAAAUAAAAUAUGCCAGCAUUAAAUUGUAAGUCUCUAUGACCAAAUUCAUGUUUUGUCAAUGUCUAAAUAGCUAGCAGCAGUUUUGUUUAAUCCUUAAUAGCCAGCAGCAAUUUUGUAAUUGCCAUGAUAGCCAGCUGCAGUUAUUUGCUAAAUGCUUUCCAUUCUUGUUCUUCAGAUCAGAAUUACAUAUUGAAGAAAUGCCCAUACCUCAUCAAUGACAUGGUGCAUAUUUCUGCCAGUCUAGUGGCCAUGGCUAUGGGCCAAGGACGAGGUAAGUAAAAACUGAACAAAGCUGCCCUUUAUAGCAUCAGAUUAAUAUCUUUGUUUCACUUGACUUAUACAGAUCUGUUUACCCUCAAACUCUUAAAAUCGUACAAUAUCAUUAAAAAAUCAUUCAAAGAAUUAUCUUAAUAGUAAAAAAAAAAUAAUAAUACAUUAUUUAUAAUGCAUAGACCUCAAAAUCAUACAUUGUACGCCAAAAUCUUAAGAGUAAACAGUUCUGCUUAUGUUAACCUCCGCCCUAUUACCUAUCAACUGUAGAGUUGAUAUUAAAUUAUUGAUACUUAUUUAUAUUUAAAAAAUGUAAUUAAAAUUAUUCACCAGUUAAUCCAAUGUAAUGUUAUUUACUUUAGGGCAGAGGGUUUCUUAUUACAAAAAUAGCGUCUAGGGCUGUGUGCAAUAUACAUAUUGGAUUUAUAUCAUACUGAGAAUUGAUGUUUCAUUUUUUAUGAUCAGGGAUUUAAAGGUGAUAAAGGCAUAUGUUCAUUUAAUGAAAAGGUGAUUUAAAGUUGAUAGAGGAAUAUGUUCAUUUGAUGAAGUGUAUAUGAAGUAUAUGUAUUUUUGUUGUUUAGAAAGUAAUCAUUGAAUGCUAUGCCGAGAGAAUUACUAUUCACUGUCCUGCUGAAAUGUAAGGCUAAAUCAAAUUAAAAUUAUUAGCAUUCAUAUUUCUAAUAUUAUUAUUUAAAAAAUUAGAAAACAAUAAUUUGUUAACCUAAUUUAAACAAAAUGAUAAUCAAAUCUUCAAAGGCAAAAUGGAAUAAAUGCAAGUGUUUCCGUUUAUGGGAUUAAAAUAUUCAUCUUGGGUGGCUAACACUAUCCCAGUGGAACAACAUUUUAUUUUACAGAGAGAAGCAAAUGCAGCCUUGCUUUUUUUUAAGCUUGCCACAUAUUAAAGACAUAUGCAUCAAUGUUUGAUCCAAUCACUUCCGAAAGCUUGUUUAAAAGCAUUGGUGUGAACAUGCUUGCAAGCUGCAUUAUUUUCUUUUGUUGGCGGAAAAAAAAACAGUGAUCAUUUCAAAAUAAUAUUGGCUAUUAAGAUUUUUAAAGCUACGAAGCUUGUCCUGCUUCCAGUCUCAUUCUCCUGUCCAGUUUGAGUCAUUUGUGCUGUUGUGUCCAGUUACGCAGAUACCUCGUCUUGAGUCGAUAGAGAACAUCAUGAAGAUGAGCCAGAUGGUUGUACAAGCUUUAGAUGAGAAAUCCAGUCCCUUGCAGCAGUUGCCUCACAUUACACCUGAUAUCUUGAGGCAUUUCACAACUCGUAAGGUAAUGAUAUACUCCCUUUAGGAAUUUUCUAUGUAUCAAAAUUUAUGUUUCCACGUAGGUUCAAAGGUUUUUAAAAUUAUCUAUGAUACGUAGAGUUUUUUUAAUGAGUUCUUUUAGAAAUUCUUGUUUCAGUAAUAUUGCGUUUAAUAUAAAUGUUGAUUUCAAAGACUAUUUUAACUCCUGUUUAGCAUUUUUAAAGUAGAGGUUUGGACAUUACAGUAAAUGAAAACAACAUCAUGCACUUGUUAUUUAUAUAUACCGUUUUUAUUUGUAAAAAAAAUAUAUAUUUUUUUUUUUUUCAAUAAUUUGUGGAGCUAGAGAAAAAAAUGGAAAAGGCUCUAAAAGUUGAUGGUUUGUUUUUUUAAAAUGUUCAGCGUGACAUCCGGCACAUUCGUGACUUUGUAAAUAUGAAAGAAGAAGACAGGCGCCAGUUACUCCGGAGUCUGUCGGACAGCGAGUAUCUGGAUGUGGUGACCGUGUGUGCGAAAAUGCCCUAUGUGGAGAUGACUGUCAGAACAGAAGGUAACUGUUGUCAGUCAAACUGUUUAAGCAGAAUUGAAUGUACCUCUUAAGAAUUUUAUAUAUAUAAGAAUGAGCUACAGUGACAUAACGCCAAAGAGGAGAUACGAUUUAAGUAUGUUGGGAUUCUUAAAAACAAUCAUAGUUAUUUUGUAUUAUUUUACGGAAAUCGAAUAAAUUAUAAUGCGCACAAAAUAUUUUAAAUCCGCUUCUAUUUUAUUAAAAGUUAAAGUUAUAUUAUUAUAAAUUACAAAUACAUUUAAAUUAUCAACUAAGGAACUAUUUUAUAUGUGUUUGAAAGUUAUGAAAAGAAUAAAAUAAUAAAAAAAUCAUGAUCAAAGAAUUACACCCUAAUCACAUUUAUCAAUAAAACCCAAGCAUCAGUCGUUUUAGUGCAUCUUUUAGUGGGUUGUUACUAUUAUGAAAUAGAAUUAAAAAUUAAUUUGUUCUAAAUAAUCAUGCAAAUGAAGUCAUAGCGUGAGUAGCCUAUUUCACCAAAACUCUUAGGUUUCUUUAAAUUUAAUAACCAUGACAAAAUUGAUAAUGUAUUUUCUCUUCUUAAUGGUAAAAUUAAUAAAUACAAUUGUUUGCUUUUUAAAUUGUUAGUAAAACACACACACAUUUUUGCUUUUAUAUUUGUACAUUAAAAAAGUUUAAAAAGCCUUUUUUAUUCCAAAAAUAUACUUUUAUUAAAUUUAUAACGUAAUAAAAACUAACCUUUAAAUAUAAUUCUAAUAAGAAAAUGCGGUUCAAGUUAAUCAGUGCAGCGCAACUCUAUAGCUAAAUAGUAGGGGUGUGCCGGAAUCCGGUUCCGCCGGAUUUUGCACUAUCCGGUGAAAUCUGGUUCCGCCGGAUUUACAUGUAUCCGGAACAACCGGAAUCCGGAAUAUACCAGAUUUCGGAAUUUGCCAGAUUUUGUGACUCACCGGAUCAUAAUCUGAAAUAAAAGUAAUUCUCUUUCCCGAAUUCCACACGAUCACAAUACAUUAAUCGAUUGUUUCGAGCGUUGAGCUUGUUUAAUGUUUAAUAUUCCGAACAUACCAGAGGCUAAUAGUAAUAGUUGAAAAGAGGUAAUUUUUUAAAGAAUUAUAACACCAAAAUCAUAUUUUUAGCUGUUGUAGUUUUAAAGUUAUGAAUUUUUAAAGUAUGACUUGGUUUGUCAUUUUUUAACAUGGACUGCAUCUCCACAUUCUGUGACCUCAUUCCACUGAUCGCGUCAUGCGCAAUGACUAUAUAGUUUAUAUAAGGCAACGCAUUCCCUGCCUUAUCACUAAAAUACUGUUUAGACUUAGUUUAAACUUUCAACUUUGGCACAUGAAUAAUUAAUUAAAGCUUUCCCUGACCAAUGGUUUAAUAGUUUUUGCACACGGCAAACUCUUAUGAAUGAAACUCUGAGGUAGUACUACGAUACAGUUAUGCAAGUGGCUGUGAAUGGUUGCCAAUGACAACGUGUUGCACACGGUAAAUUCUGAUCAUUUAUAAUAUGGAUUCUACCGGGUUGUUAAAGCUCAAAUUAAAACAUUCCAGUUUAAAUGUCUUUAAAUGCAUUCUGAAACACAAGUUAUCAAUUAUUUUGAUGUAAAUAGUGAUAAUAUAUUAAUAUUUCCUAAGUAUCGUCAACUUCCGCCAUUAAAAAGGGGGGGCGUGGCCAACCCCAUGGCGAAAUUAGGUUGAGCGAGCUGCAUGACCUGCUGCGAACGCGUAGAAACAUGGCGUCUCUCGUAAGACACUUAUCCAAAUGGAACGGAACUCAAAUAUAUAUCGAAAGUACUAAUUUAAUAAUAAAUAGACACACACAUCGGAAAAUUAAAAACUCGGAUUUUUUGGCGCCGAUUGCAAAUUCCCAUACACAAAAAGUAGUAGUCCACCUUGACUUACCGAAGUAUCUACCAAUAGUACCGGAAUCCGGGAGAAACCGGAAUCCGGAUUAUUCCGGAUCCGGCGGAUUUCGCAUAAGAGAAUACGGAUCCGGUUGGAAAAAACGGAUCCGGCACACCCCUACUAAAUAGCAUUCACUAAUCCACUUAUACCUCAUACAAAUAAGAAUGAACCAUAUGAAGUGCAAAAUAUGUUAGUUUGGGUAUGGAAUGGACUACAAUCCGGUGAAAGAUUUUCUAAAUUUAUUUAAAUCUGGGUUGGGGAGGGGUUGGUCACUAUGCUCCAGGCAGCACAAGAUACGUCUCAAAAUAAAGGAAUGAAUUUGAUAAAUAAUUAAACUUAUUAGGUACAUUCAUAUUGGAGGUAGGAAAUAGGAUUUGUACAUUUUUAUGUGGAUGACAAUAUUUUUAAAUUCUAUAGUAUUACAGUUGUGAAAAAAGAGAUUUUGCAUUCUCUUUUUACAAAUAUGUGUAUUUUCAUUUUGCUCAAGGCAGCAACAAGAUAAGUCUCAAAAUAAAGGAAUGAAUUUGAUAAAUAAUUAAUGUUCUUGGGAGGGAAAGAAGAUGUGUGUAUUCUUACGUGGAUGAAAACAGAGUUAACUCGUAUGGUAUUACAUUUGAGAAAAAUAAGAUUUGACAUUCUCUUUUUACAAAUAUUUGUAUGUUCAUUUUGUCCAAGGCAAUACAAGAUACAUACCAAAAUAAAGGAAUUAAUUUGAUUAAUAAUUAACCUUCUUGGGCACAUACAUAUCAGAGAUAGGAAAAAGGAUGUGUACAUUUUUAAGUGGAUGACAAUAUAUUUAAUCCUAUGGUAUUACAUUUGUGAAAAUAGAGAUGUUAAAUUCUCUUUUUACAAAUAAACAUAUGUUUACCAAUUAAGAAAAUCAAUUGGGUUAACAAAUCUGGAUUACAUUUAUGAAGUAUAUCCAUGAAUAUCAAAACCCAAUCAUUAUAAACGCUUGAAAAUUAAAUUUUGACAAAUGAAGAUGGGUUAAUAUUUUCUUUUUUUUUUAAAGUGAAAACAUUUUUGUUGUUAGAUUGCAAAAAAUAAAGAGGUGUUUAUUUUUAUGAGAUUAACAAUUUAAUUUUUUUAAAAGACGGUCAAAUCUGAUAUAGCUGUGAAAAACAGUUGCGAGAUUCUUCUUAGAUAAAAGAAUUCUUCGUUUUACCAUUUUCUGUUAAUGUAUAAUUUUGUAAAAAGGCAAAAAUGUGUUUAAAUUUUUUAUGAAGAUAUCAAAAUAUAUCGAAUUCCUGUAAUACAAAAUAUAUUUAUUUAAUAUAUAGAGUUUUUCUUGUAAAUUUAAGAUUAGGUUUUUUAAAAAUUUUGAAAGAAAAAUGUUGUAAUUCAAGGGCACAAAAAGGGGUAAAUCUAAAGUAUUUCUCUAUCGUAGUAAUUGUCCCUCAAUUAACAUCUUUAGUGACAAAAGUGAUAUAAUUAGUGAUAAUUUAGACUGGGUAAUUUAAGGUCAUAUUUGGGAGGGGGGAAAAGUAGUUUAGCGUGAAAGUGUGAAGGGUACGAUGAGUUUUUGCAAUAGCAGUUAAAAAUUAUUGCAAAGGACCAAUCAUUAUUAUCCCAAAAACAUUGGGUCAUAUUUUUUAGUUAUUAUUAAAGAGCUGAUCCAAAUGCUCCAAAAUUUAUAAAAUUCACUGGAAAUAAAUAAUAAUAAUAGUAAGACGUCUUAUAUAGCGCGGUACCCCAGCCUAGGGCUGGGCUCACCGCGCUGUACAUAAAAAUUUUAUCAAAAGAGACAUAAUCAUGACAUUAAAAUAAAAUACAUUUAUGAAAAAAAGAACAGCAAUGUAUAUUCACCCACCCCACCACAUAACUUUUACAAGACAAACCAUGGACGGCAGCCAGCAAGAUCAUUUAUCGGUCAGAGGAGGGGAAUCAGUCAGGGUAGUAUAAUUUAAAAAGAUAUGUUUUGAGUGCAGUUUUGAAGGCCUGGGUGGUUGGUAUAUUGCGUAUGUGUAGUGGCAAAGAAUUCCAUUGUUUGGGGGCGCAGAAAGAGAAAGAUCGUUCACCAUAUGUUUUAGUGUGUGUCUUGGGAACGGACAGAAUACGCGUGUCUGCAGAGGAGCGAAGCUGUCGAAGGGGUGAAUAGACAGAAAGAAGUUCGGUUAGAUAGGAAGGGCAGGAAUCCAAGAAAAAGUUGUGACAGAGAACAGACAACUUGUAGUCAAUGCGUGCCUGUAUAGGUAGCCAAUGAAGGGAAUGGAGUAGUGGAGUGACGUGAUCACGUUUUUUUGCCUUUAAAACUAGCCUAGCAGCUGAGUUUUGAACUUUCUGCAGUUUUUCUAUGCAGUGUUUGGGUGAACCUGACAGAAGAGAGUUGCAAUAGUCAAGACGAGAGAGAACAAGAGCACAGACUAGAGUUUUUGUAGCGCUAACUGUGAGGUAGUGGCGUAUGGAGCUGAUCUGACGGAUAGUGGUGUAUGCUGAACGACAAAUGUGAGAUAUGUGUUUAUCGAGAGACAUGUUGUUAGAAAGAAUAUAACCAAGAUUCCUAGCAGAGGGUGUAAACCGUACGUCAGAGUUACCUACUUGAAAUGAGGUAGGAAGAGUUGAGGUAGAGGAUGAUGUGUGAUUGUGGAUGAGGAGUGCUUCCGUUUUGUCAUCAUUAAGCUUCAACUUGCUGAGUGUCAUCCAUGACUUGACAUCAUCAAUGCACCCCCGCAAAGUCUGGACAGCGGAUUCAACAAGAGAAGGAUGGGUAUGCUUGUAUAGCUGCGUGUCAUCUGCAAAUGACUGGCUCUCAACAGCAUGCCUCCCAAGCAAGAGGAGCAGUGGUCUGGUAUACAAUGUGAAUAGAAUCGGGCCUAAAACGGACCCCUGUGGUACUCCGUACACCAAAUCAGCACUGCCUGAGAGACAGCCAUCGACAGAGACCGCCUGCGUUCUAUCAGAGAGGUAGGACCUAAACCAAGCCAAAACUGAGCCAGAAAUUCCAAAGUAAUUUUCAAGGGUUUUGAAAAGGAUUACAUGGUCAACAGUGUCAAAGGCCACACUGAGGUCUAAGAGGAUCAGGAUGGAGAUAUAACCACUGUCAAAUGCGAGCAAGAGGUCAUUGGUCACUCUCAAGAGAGCCGUCUCUGUGCUGUGGAAAUGUCUAUAGGCGACUGAUUAGAACUGAGAAGAGAGUGGUCAAUUAAAUAAGCAAAUAGUUGUUUUAGAACUAGUUUUUCAAUAACUUUAGAUAAAAAUGAUAAGUUAGAUACAGGUCUAUAAUUUUUUAAAUUAUUUUCAUCCAGACCAUCCUAUUGGCACAUCAUCUUUUAUGAUUCAAGAAACUGUUUAAAGAAUGUUUCAUUUAUUUUUUAUUGUUUAUUGGCUGCCCUUUGACCCUAAAACACAUUAUGCAUGUAUUUGUUACGAACUGGUCUUGUGGUGGGGCUGUGGGUGCAACAUGAUGAGUUGGACUGGAAUUGUUCACUCAUGGCCAGUUACAUGACUGAUUAAAGUGUAAAUAGCAACAACUAAGUGAAUGCUGUGUGAGCUUGGGGGAGGGGAGGGGCAUGGAUUAUUUAUGUUGAGAGUUUUGUAGUUAUUGUCGCUAUGUGAAAUGUCAGUACUCGGGUCGAGAGGGGUUAUUAGUGUCAGUGUAUUGUGGAGUCAUAGAUGACGUUUGUGGGGCUGGUAGCUGCUGUGAGAGGAGCCCGUGUCAAUAAAGAACUGUUGCAGCUAUCCCCAUUGAGUCAGUGUAUUGUGGAGUCAUAGAUGACGUUUGUGGGGCUGGUAGCUGCUGUGAGAGGAGCCCCUGUCAAUAAAGAACUGUUGCAGCUAUCCCCAUUGAGUCAGUGUAUUGUGGAGUCAUAGAUGACGUUUGUGGGGCUGGUAGCUGCUGUGAGAGGAGCCCGUGUCAAUAAAGAACUGUUGCAGCUAUCCCCAUUGAGCAUUGCUGCUGCCCUUAGAGUGUGGCGGGCAGGUCAAGCAUGCAUUAGAAUGGAGUUGAUGCCGCGCGUUGCUCCCCUUGACAACAUUAAGCAUAAAAAAAGUACCUGUUCAGUAGGCUCAUCUACUGCAGGAGGUCUGUAACAGUAUUUAUUACUCCCAUGCAGCGUUUGAAUAGUUUUUUUUUUAAACUACAGUAAAGGAAAAAAUUGUUUUUUAAUUUUAAAAUUACUAGAAAUGACAUGAUUAUGUUGUUUCCUGUGGUCAAUGUUUUUUCAAGUGCAUUUUAUUGUACCUGAAUCAUCAUAAAAUGGUUAUAGUGGGGCUUAACCAUGGCCUUCUAAGUUUGUUGUUGUCUUUUGCCCUUAUUGUCUUACAUUAUUGGAAAAAAUGGCGAGCGUGUAAGAGGAUGUUGUCUCUGGCGUUGCCUGAAACAAAUUGUUAUUUGUCUGUCAUUGCCUGUAACAAAGUGUUAUCUCUGUCUUCCAUCGCCUAGUGUUGGAUGAGGAGGACAGAACCAUAACAGCCGGGUCCAUCGUGACGGUCACAGUGAAGCUUGUCAGAAAGGACAUGGGUGAGAUGUUCGAGAAGCAGAUUGCUGGCCUGGCGGAGGAGAUCCAAGACGGCACUGAAAACGACGUUGAAAAUGAGGAGGAGCAUGAUGAAAAGGAAGGAGAAGAGAGACAGGUUAGGAGAAAAUUUCUUUCGAUUGCUUAUGCCAAGGCUGUGAUUUAUGAACAGGUCUUUAAAAAAGGCGACAUUAGAAAAAAAAGACUUUUGUCUACGGCAGUGGUUCCCAACCUGUGCUAGGCAUAGCCUUGAUGGCUCUGCAUAGAGUUCCGCUGUCGUCCGGGAAAUAAAUCAACACGUUUACCUUGUGAGACAUAAGGUUGCACAAGGAGCUCCACAAUAGAAAUUGAUUCUAAGUAGGACUCUGAAAAUCAAAAAGGUUGGGGAUCACUGAUAUAAUGUAUAAUUGAUAGAAUAUUUCAUUAAGAAACUUUUUGAAAGAUUCACUCCAAAGUAUGGGGGGUUUUUUUUAGAAAAGGUAAAAUUUAGAAUAUCUAAAAUGUGGCAUCAAAUAUUCAAUUUAAUCCCUCGAUUUCAAUUCGUACGGGAUUUUUAAAGCAGGUUUGACCAACUCAUAUGGCUUCAAAGACCAUUUUGAUCACGUGUUUGCUUUUUGUGGGCCCCAUGUCAAUAUCAGACCUGCCAACCCUUCCGAUUUUGUCAGAACUAUUUACCCCUCAUUCCGACCUUCCGACAAACCCCUUAAAGCAGAUUUUUCGAACUUUAUAAUAUUUCACCCGUCAUAAAAAUCGGAAAGCGGACCAGAAAAAACGUGUACAACAGGAAGUGAUGCAUUUGUAUUUACAAAGUUUCUACAUGUCCGGCGACCUGAAUAAGUGAAUAAAGUCUCGAGAUAUUUGCCCGGCCACUAUAUAUUUGACCAAAAUUACAUGACCACCUUAACAAAGUUGCGCGAGACAUUUAUCCGUCAGCCUUGUCAUGUGGCCGCUAAUUUUCGAUCAGAGUUUAUGGUACGGUACUUCAUUUAAAAAAAUUCAAGAUAAUCUGGACAUUAAUGUGAACAAGAAAAUAUGUUCAACUCUAGAAAAGAAAUGCUAGAACUAGAACCAUUGCUGGUAUAUAUAAUGAACAAUUGGUUAAAAAGUGACAAUUUUUUUUUAAAAAGCGUGACAUGCCCGCCGGGUGAAUAUCUCCCGCACUAUUUGUCCAUUCACCUGACGUGUAGACAUUGCCUUGAUUUUUUCAAAGCGAACCGCAAUCUCCAAAUCAUUCUUCAAUCAUCAAUUGAUCCCAUCAUGAUUCAUCCUUUUACGAAGCUAAAAAAUAAUAUAGCCUUUUUUUUUCUUAAAGCUUUUCUUAAUUAAAUGGUUAAAUCUAUUGAAAGUGUUGGGUUCAAUGAUAUUAAUAUAAACUUAUUUUACCCCCCACCCCCUUAAAAAAAAUACAACUGCAGGUAAAACUAAAGUUUAAAAAAGUAGGCCUAAUCCAUGUCUAAAAAAGUUUCAUUGUCAAGGAAUCGAACGAUUCAGUGAUCAGAUCGUUUUAUUUACCACCUUUCUUAUUGAAGGAAAUAUUUCUCUAGCCAACUCUGAUCGUUUGAGCUUGAUACCAGAGUCAAAGAAAUGUUUGCAGACUCACAGAUUGCUAGAUGAUUGUGAAGAAAAAUUACAAUGAAACAAGGGCAAGCAUGAAAGUUGAUACUGAUACUCUUUCUAACUUCCUUGUAACUAAAAUCAAUUGCAAGGCUAACCUUCAGUUGUCCAAAGAGCUUUUGGACAUGGGCAAAAAGGCCACCAGGGAUAUCCUCGAAAACUGAACUCUCAGCAGCCUGUGCACAUGCAAAUAAAAUGCAUCUUCUGUUCUGUACUGUACAUAAACAUUUCAAGUAAUGCUUUCUCAUGUUCUAUGGACUCUUCAAAUACAAUGGAGAUAACUGACUAUUUACUAAAAAAGGGAUGUGCAUUAGUUUAUAGAUUUUAAAGGGAUGCCCCUGGGGUCAGCGGCCCCCCUUACCCCCUGCAUGCAACCCCCCUACAGAUUUUUUUUCUUGGCAGGUUGGCAGGUUUGCAAUAUAUCUGUUACCGGCAAUGUGUGAAAUGCAGGCAUUGUAUAGAAUGCCUAGGCAUUCUAUAGAAUGCCUGGCGGUUUUAGGCAAAGUAUGAAAUAUUUUAUUUUCGUGAUUAAGUUACAUACUUUGCCUAGGCUUUUAUACAUUGCCUAGGUAUUAUAUAUAAUGACAAAUAUACUUCAGGCAAAGUUUCAAAAGAGCGUAAAGAAAAUGUUUUUAAUUGGAAAAACACAUUUGAAUACGAAAGAUAACAAUAAAACUGGAAAGCAAAGGUGUCAUCGAGCUACUUGUUGCAGCAAGUAAGGCUGGAGUGGCAUUUUGAAUUGCACUUAAUUUAUUUUUCAAACAAAGACACUUCAUGUUUUGGCACCUGGUCUUGCACAUACACCUCACUUAUCCUUGACCUCUUCCCGUUGACUGAGAGAUAGCAGCAGAUUGGAGAGGAAUUUAAUGGGCCAGGACGUCUUCAACUCUCAAAAAAUCUUUUGGACAUACAGUGAACUGUGAUCUCGAAUACAGUUAGUUGUUUCAAGAUUCCUUGUGCAGUUCCAAGUCGGUAAAAGCCGUCUUCGGUCUCUGUCAUAACAACUGCCAACUGAUUGCGCGAGUCACACCGUCAUUUGCCAACGUCAGGAAUAGGAACUCGCUCAGUGGCUCCUAAAGGUGUAGGAGGGAAUUUUUUGUCAGAGUUUAUUUUCAUUUUUUAGGUCUGGAUUUCAAGGUUCGAUUUAGAUUCUUUUCUAGCCUCUAUAGCUUUCUGUAUCUUGAAACACAAGCUGCACAAAAUACCAACACCAUAACCUUCUAUUUCCUCGUCUCCAUCGUCUUUAGCAGCAUGGCCACAGAUCACAUGAUCAUUACGGUGACAGUUUCGGCACGUAUGGGCACCGCUGCUUUCUUUUAAGCAGACACAACAAACACCAGAGGUGGAAGGCUCUUCGGUAACCAUGACGUCACAAUAAGUUUGGUUUCCUCCAUUACUGGUUGCAUUCGCUUCAGUAUUCUUUAUAGCAUGCUCUGUAUCUUGCAUCUGUCGAUUUGAUUCUUCCUGCUCUGUUGUUUUUACGCUUUCUAUUAUUUUUUAGAGUUCUUCCUCAGUCUGUGUAUCUUGCAUAACGUCAGGGGUAUGGAAGACGUUGCAAGGCCCACUUUAGCUUUGCAGCCAAACAGAGCUUCAUAAGGCGUUCUCUUGAUCCUAGAAUGAAAGGCCCUGUUCUUCAUAAGGUGUUCUCUUGUUCCAAGAAUGAAAGGCCCUGUUCUUCAUAAGGCGAUCUCUUGAUCCCAGAAUGAAAGGCCCUGUUCUUCAUAAGGCAUUCUCUUGAUCCCAGAAUGAAAGGCCCUGUUCUUCAUAAGUUGGAUGAAUCGUAAUCCCUCAGCCCAGUGGUCAGUUUUUUCAUCUUGCAUCCAAGCACAUAGCAUGUUUUUGAUGUCUUGAUUAGCUCUUUCGACACUGCCCUGGCUUUGUGAGUGGGAUGGAUUACCAUGGACGAUCUUCAACUUGGGCCAGUACUCCUUUAGGCUGUUCACCACAUUGUUGGUAAAUUCCCGGCCAUUAUCGGACUGUAGAAUUGAAGGAGCUCCAAGCAACGUAAAUAUUUCCAUUAGUGUGUAGGCUACCUCUUCCGCCCUCUUGGAUGUUAAAGCCCUCAGAAUUACAAACUUUGUGAGAUGAUCUUGGUACACCAUUAUAAAUUUAUAUUCCCUGUCAGGAUGGGAUUGAAAAUUGAUAAGAUCGACCUGACCACGGAAGUUGAAUUCAGAAAAAAUCAUAGGCUUCACCACAACACCCUAUGUGACACCUUUUUGUUUCUUCUGGCACGGCUCACGAAGGUGGAGGUAAAGUUCAAUAUCAUUACGUGUAAUGUUCUUAUACUUGUGUGAAAGUUCUUUCAACAUUCUGUCCUUUCCUCCAUGUCCCACGGCCAAAUGAGCCUCGUGAAGUACGUCAAAUACCGUAAUUCUGAAUCCGUGGCAGAGAACUGAAUAGCACUGUUGCCUUCUUUAACAGGAUAGAUCAACUUACUUUUGUUCUCUACCGCCAUUACAUCAUAGCUUUUCAGCAGCCAAUAGUCUCGUGGGUUCUUUUGAGUUGUCAUCCGAGGCAUUUUCACAUCAUCCACCAAUUUUUGGUAACUAGUUUCCGUUAGAAAAACAUAGUUUUUGGCAGUAUUGGCUCGCCAUUGAGAAAGUUCAUCGUAGAACAGCCGUUGCAUGUAAACAUACCGUGAUUCCUGAUCUGAAGCUACAAUCUGAUCUUCCAACUCUCGGCAGCCAUCUUGAAACAAAAGGGGUAUUGUCUUUGGCGGGAGUAUGAAGCACGUGUGUCUUGAUCACAAUUCCACCACCAAGCUACGAUUACAACGAGAAUGGCGGGGUGUUCUACACAUUGCCGGGUCGCUCUUAGGCAUUAUAUAGAAUGCCUAGAAAAUGUGUGAAAUAUAAACCAUUUCAUACUUUGCCUACAAUUUUCAGGCAUUCUAUAAAAUGCCGGAUUUCACACAUUGCCGGUAACAUAUCUAAUAAAUAAAAUUAACCCCCAAAAACUGCCGUAAUUAUUUAUUUAUUUAUUCUGAGUGCAUAAAAUAAAAUGCAAAGUAAUAAAACCAAACUAAAGGGAAAAUUGUCCAGCUUUUCUAUCACUGGACUUUUUAAAAAUAAUAUAUUUCUAUGUAUAUUUAAUGAAUAAUGAAGAGGUUUAUUAAUAUUUGUGAUACAACGGGUAACUGCAGAAAGUACGGCAAUGCCCGUUAUAUUUCAUGAAUGGAUAAUAAUGUUCAUCAAUCACAGGGAGAGUUGGUGCCGGCAGACCAGACAGGACAGGGAGACAACAAGGCCAAGGGGUGGGACAAAAGCAAAAAGGCCAAAAAGAAGGGAGGUAAAGUGAAGAAGAAAACGAAACAGGUUUACCAGUGGAAGGCGGUUGCACAGGCAAAGGCUGAGACUGACGCCAAAACAGGGGUCUGUACUUUAAACAAUUUUUUUUUACUUCUAUAGCUCCAAUGGGUGGGCGUGAAAUGUUUUUACUAGGAUUUUUAUUCUUUUGGCCAAAUAUGUUUGAAUGAUGCUCAUAACGUCUUUUUUUUGUGUGUUCUUGAACAUUAUUUUUAAACAGUAGAGUCAUCGUCAGGCUGAAUGCUCCCUCGAUUUUAUGCAAUGUUAGGCAAUAUUAAUGGGUUUAACUGUUUUGUACGAUGAAUUAAUUAAAUUUGUGGCCCAAUAUUAAUAUAAAAAUAUUGGAUUCAUUUAAAAAAUUUAUCAGAAUGAUUUUUUCUCUUUUUGAACUAUGAGAGAAGUUCAAGUGAUGAUAUUUAAAAGCAAUCAAUUUCAAGUAUUUGUCAUCAAAAACCAGAUUUUAGCAUGAGUCCCAAGACUUAUUGUUGUUAAGAGUAAGCCAUUUUUUUGGAAGAUGAAAUACAUUUUCUUGGAAAGGGGACAAUUUUAAUUCUUGUUUUCACUGAUUAGAUCUAGUUAAAAAACAAUUCAAAAUUAUUUUACUAAUUUUUUUUUUUUUUUAAAUUUCAUUCUUUAAAUGGGAUUAAAGUUUAUUUAGCACCGUUUUAAUACCAUGAUGUCACUGAUAAGUUAAAAUCCUGGCUUAGCUAAGAGUUGUGAUUAAAUUUUACACAGGUUAAGCCCAAUAUAAGGCAAAUUUAAAUGUGAUACAAAUUCAGAUGUGAUACAAAUUCAAAUGUGAUACAAAUUUAAAUGUGAUACAAAUUCAAAUGUGAUACAAAUUCAGAUUUGACACAGAAUAUAUUUAAUUUGCACAGAAUUAUCUUUUUGGAUGUAAGAGAAAAAGUGUAUUAAAAAAAUAUUUUUUUCGAAUAAAUAUAAUACGCGUGGUGUGUUUCAAAAACAUGAAAUAACUGUAAGCUGCCAACAUGUUGGCUUUAUAAGUUGUAAAAUUAACAACGCUAUUAACAUGGAAUCAGGGCUCCUGUACAUUGGUAGGUGUUGCGGGCACAUUGGAAUGCAUUGUAAGCACAGGUGGUGGGUCCCAUAAAAAUAUUGUAAGAUCUGAGUAAACGCUCUCAACCGGAUCUGAUUUUAGCAACCCUGAUUGUGUUUUAAGAGGGGUUCCACAGUUUAUUACCUUUCCCUGUGUUGAUGUUAUAUCAAAGUAAAUUUGCUACACACUAUAUUUUAGUGAGGCUAUCAGUAUCUAAGCAUUUAAAUUCAGAGAUUAUUGAAAUAUUUAAUGAAUUAAAAGGUCUUCCAACAUUACCAAUCCUCAAUUUUAUGAUUAGACAUAUUUUUACCUUUUCUCCAACUUAUCAGAAGGCAGCCGUGGAGACAGACUCGCCGAAAGCCAAUAAAUCACCCAAGGCGGAGAAGAAAUCUAAAAACGCUGAGGGGGAGGCUGACGAUGCGUCUGAGGAGGAAGUCAACGCAUCCGAGGAGGAGGAGGCAGAAAAACCCGAACCGGCCGAGGAAAAGGUUAAAGGGAAGAAAGACAAUGACGACGAUGAGGAGGAUGACUGGGACAGCUACAAGAUGGAAUCAAAAAAGGAAAACUCACUGGACACGAAAAAGAAAGAGAGCCACCUGGUCCACUGCCCUUACUUUCCUGGGGUAGGAAGAUGUCUAUCUAACCAUUCAAUGUCCCAGUUGGUGUGUGUGAGAGAGCUUGCCAAAGGAGAUCCUUCUGAUUUUGGGAGUGGCUUUCUUUGGCGGGUCCCAUCAUAUUUUGUUUGAUUGCUAACAAACAACUCUUGACAUUGCUUUAGAUGAGGUCCUCUUCAGUUUAAAGAAACUCAUUUUUUUUUUUUCAAUUUCCUUGUGUUAUUUUUCUAGUUUUUUUUGGGGAGUUCAUUCUUAAAAUUUAUUAGGAAAAAAACCACACCUCGCUUCCUAAAAAUAAAAAUAAAUAACUGCCUAGAGAAAAAUUUUGUGUUGUUUGAUUAAUAUUUCACUUUUCUUCAUAUUUUAAAAACCAUUUCUAGAUUUAAUGAAAUAUGUACCAAUCAAUCUAAAAAAUGUAUGAGUGGUGUUUUUUUUUUAAAUAUUUAAAAAAAAAAAAAAAAAAUUUAAAUUUUUAAAAUUUGUUAAUAAAAAAAAAAAUUGAACGUCACCAUUGGAAUGAUUGGUUUUAGAAGGGUGAUCAUUAUAACAAUUGGAGCAACUAAUUUUUUAGUAUAGACCAUACAUAACAUGCUUCUUUUUCCUUUGUUGAUUUGGAAGAUGUGCCAACACUGCCACUAUCAAGCAGAUGGGUUACCACUGCCACAAUAAAGCGGAUGGACCUCCACUGCAAGGCAGGUGUGCUUCCACUGCUACUACAAGGCAGAUGGGGUACCACUGCCACUGUAAGGCAGAUGGGGUACCACUGCCACUGUAAGGCAGAUGGGGUACCACUGCCACGAUAAGGCAGAUGGGCUGCCACGAUAAGGCAGAUGGGCUGCCACUAUAAGGCAGAUGUGGCACGACUGCAAGGCAGGUGUACUUCCACUGCCACCAUAAGGCAGAUGGGUUACCACUGCCACAAUAAGGCAGAUGGGGCUGCCACUAUAAGGCAGGUGGGCUACCGCUGCCACUAUAAAGCUGAUGGGCUACCACUGCCAUUUACUACCAGUUUAAAUAAUAGUAACAUUAUGGAAGCUAUUGAAAACAACAGUUACAUGCUGUUUUAGAUGCACCAUUUUAAUGCCAAGUAUCAUAGUGCAACAAAAUUAUCUGUGUUUUUCAGAUAAGCAGGAAUAAAUUUGAACUAAUCUUUAGGUCUAAAUUAUAGAAUAAAGUACUGUGUAAAAUUGAUUUUUGUGAACCAGUUAUUUUGAAUGAAAAAAUGGUUACUAAAUGUACUAUAUUGAAAUUAUUAUUGUAGCUCAAAUGAUUCCUAUCUUUUUUACUUGUGUUACUUUUCUUCUCAGGAAAAACAGGAGGCCUGGUGGGUCUAUGUUGCAGACAGAAAGAGCCACCUGCUCAUCACCGCACCAGUCCAUGUAUGCAGUCUCAAAACAGAGGAAGAGGUUUGUAUGCCACAAAAACAUCAUUAUAAAUGUGUAUCUAUAGAAGAGAGAAAUAGUUUUAAAAUUAAAAAGGUGCUCAGGUGGCAUCUUUCACACACCUAGGACACAUCAAUUCAUAUCUUGCCAUCUGAACAGAUGGCAUCUUUCACACACCUAGGACACAUCAAUUCAUAUCUUGCCAUCUGAAAUUUAUAGGUAAAGAUUGGGGAUUUUUUAUUUUUUUUUUAGCAUUAUGAGCUUAUGUUUGUUCUAAGACACUUUUGAACAAUGUGUGUCUUAGAACUGGCUGAAAACAUGAGGUAAGUUAACGAGUGGCUCAAUAAACCGAAAUACUGCUGCCCUAAUUUUAGCACAAUGUCAGCACCAGGGUUUCUUGUUACCCGGGGUUCUGCUCAUCCCAGGAAAACAUGUUAAAAGUAAACCCUCACCCCAGGAAAACAGGUUAAAAGUAAACCCUACUCCCAGGAAAACAGGUUAAAAGUAAACCCUCACCCCAGGAAAACAGGUUAAAAGUAAACCCUCACCCCAGGAAAACAGGUUAAAUGUAAACCCUCACCCCAGGAAAACAGGUUAAAUGUAAACCCUACUCCCAGGAAAACAGGUUAAAAGUAAACCCUCACCCCAGGAAAACAGGUUAAAAGUAAACCCUCACCCCAGGAAAACAGGUUAAAAGUAAACCCUCACCCCAGGAAAACAGGUUAAAAGUAAACCCUACUCCCAGGAAAACAGGUUAAAAGUAAACCCUACUCCCAGGGAUUCCCCGGCAUGAAAUUAAUUUGAUAUAAUAUAUAAAUAAAAAUACAACGUAAACUGAAGGAAGCAAGGAAAGAUUGGGUUUUAACAGCAUAAUGUUUAGUCUUGCUGGUUAGUUUAGGAAGUAAACAAAAAUUAUUUUUUAAAAAGGACACAACAUGAUGGAAUAAGAGGUUUUUCGGUACUCACAUGGUGAAUGAACAUUCUAGUAUAAUCAAGUUACCUGAGCAUGGGGGUUGUAAAUUUCUUGGGAGGGGGGGGGGGGGCUGUAGCUGAAACAAUGGACAAAGGGAAAUUGUUGUGCUUUUUUUUUUUGUUGUUGUAAGGGAUGUCUUAAAGUUUGAGUUAAAAUUUCCUUCACUCUUUUAACUCUUUCGAUGCGGAAUUUUUUCAUCUAAAAAAUGUACUUUUUUUUCGAAGAGCGGAAAAAGAGUGAGAGAUUGGGUUUUAUUAAAAAAUAUUUAAAAUAUUAUUCUUUGGUUUAUAAGACUAAACUUAGUAUCAAAUGAAAGGUAAUUGAAAGGACUAUAUAUUUGCACACUAGUUUCUACAGUUUAAAAAAAAUAAGUUACACGAAAGAACCAUAAAAUGUGAAAACAUUUUAUGCUAAACCAUUUUUCCCCAAACCCAACGAUGUACGCAUACCUCAUCUUCAAUUCUAUAACUCAAUUCCUCUAAAACUACUACCAUCGGAAUCAUGCGAUGCAUCUAAAUAUAAAUCAUCUUCGCUGUCAAAAUAAAUAUUAUAAAACAAUUUCAAAGCUUUUNGGGAGCCAAAACAAAAAGAAAAAAAAAAAAAAAACGCGAAGAAAAUCGUCAAAAUAAUGCUUCAAUUGACAAUAAAUAAGCCUUGGUUUCGAUUGUAAACAAUGAAGUACCACUCUUCUAUGUAAAAGUCUUUUUUAAAAAUAGCUCUUAAAAAGUUUAACCGAGAAAUAGCAAAGAAAGAAACAUGAUAUUGAAACAACGCACAGCGCGUUGGUCCGUGCUUUUGAGAACGGCGGAAGAACGCAGUGUGCGUUGUUCCGCAUCGAAAGAGUUAAUAGUGUCUUCAAUUAAAGCCAUAUUCUAUGGGGGAAAUCUUGUUCUUAAGUCUAUUUUCCUUUUCCAACAAUUUACCUUGUGAAAAAGGUUUUAUGAGUUUUUUUAAUAUUUUUGUAUUAUUUAAAAAAAAACAAAAAAACGUUAAUUGCAGUAAUGACAUGGCUUGAAAAUGGUUGGGAACAACCUGCGUAUUGGAGAUUUUUAAAUUCAGUGCGGUUAACUAGACUUUACAGCUCCUUGCUCCCAGGGACACAAUGUGACUUGCUGAAAUGUUGUUUGAAAAACAACAAGUGUGUUCUAAAAGUUUUUAAUCCAAGGUUUCCUGGUAUGGGAGGAUGUCCCGAGAAAACUUUUAUGAAAUAGAAAUCGACGGGAUCCUGCUUGAAAAACCCUGGACGGCAAUAACAAAAUUUUAAGUGCUCUUAUCCAGACAUUUUCUUGUUCACGUUGCAGAUCCAGCUCAAGUUUUCUGCGCCACACAAGCCAGGUCACUUUCAAUACACAGUCAACCUCCGAUCUGAUUCCUAUUUCGUUGACUUUGAUCAGUCCCAAACCAUAAAGGUGAUGAAAGACCUUAAGAUGUGUUUAAUUUUUAUAACAAUAAUUCACCAUCUGAGAUAUUACAUUUAAAUAGUGUGCCCCCUCCACCCACAUUUAAACACCAGAAAUGUUGCCGUUCUAUACAAGUUCUAAGAUGUGAUGCAAAUCGCCCCCGUCAACGUUUAAGCUUUGAAUGUCUGAAUUUUAAAAGUGGGCAUGUAAUUUUAGUUUCACUGCCAUGAAAUUUGCAGUAUAAACAAUUGAAAAAGGAGAUUUGAUAAGUCUUGGUUAGGCCCAGUAGGCUAGGAAAUUUCUCAAAUGGAGAGCCACCCUCUUUCUAAUAUUCAAAGUUAAAUAUUUGUUAUAAAUUGAAUAUGAUUUGUCAAAAUUCAGGAAAGACAGUAAUGUUAAGCAUUUGGUAUUUUUUAAAUGUUAUUUCGUUUCUUUAAUGUAAUUUAAGUACUGGUUUACAUUUUGUUUGAUUUUUGAGAGUGACAUACACAAACUUUAACAAAUUUAAAGAAGUAUAUUAAAAGAAAAUAGUUGAUUUGACCAGGAAUGAAACUAUGUCUCCAACACUUGGCUUCAGUGAGCAGAAUUGAAGCAGUCGCUAUUUAAGGAUUUAACUUACAAAGGGAAACCACUAAUAAAUUGAGAAGCAUUUCUGUUCACCUGCUAUUUAUAUAGUUUGAAGACUUGUCACCAUAAGGGUCAUAAGACAAUGAAAUAGUCUUAUGUUAAAUUAUAAAUUCGAAGUCAAUGAUACGAGCAUAGAUAAAGUUAUGCAGAUCCCAUUUUCGUAGGAAAUUAAUUUCUUAAAUUCAAUAUGCAGCUGGAGGUUCAAGAGGCUAAACUGGUGAAGGAUCAUCCGCAGUGGGACAUCUCUGAGGAUGAGGAUGAGAAGGAUAAGGACAAUGAUGACACUGAGGAUGAUGACUCCGAUUACAGCUCAGAAGUGGAUGAAUCAGAAUAACCAGGCUGUAAUGUUAAAUUUUUUGUGUUGUUGACAGCAAAAAACAUUUUAAAAAAAAAUCUUUUGAGAUUUUAUUUUUAUUCAAAAUUGUUCCUAUGGGGCAAAGGUAUUUAUUAUUAAACUUACUUCCUGUAAUGAGUCAUCAAAAUAAGUUGACUCUUUGCUUGAUCUGAAUUCACAUAAUUUAAAGAAUUUGAUUUUUCAGUGGGUUAUUAAAAUUGACAGAAAACCAGUUUUGUUUUGUAUCUAGACAUUUGCAGAUGUUUCUUUUUUUUUUUUUUUUAAAGAAGAAAAAAAUAUAUAUAUUUAACUUUUUACAAAAUUAAAAGAUUGGUGACAAGUAUCCCAAAGGCAGAGGUAUAAUGAAAGCUUGUAGCUGAUUUUUCUUCUUCAUACUUUCAUUAAACUGAUAAUAAAUAAAAUGUGACUGUUGCUGGUAGGGCUUUUAUUUGACCAAGUUACCUAUUUUCCUUGGUGAAGAUAAUUUGAUGAUUUUGCUGGUACAAGUAUAAGUUAUAAAUGUUUUCUGCUACAAAAAAAAAAAAUGCAUUUCAACUUGUGUUUCUUAACCGUUGUUUUUUUUUUACAGAAAUAUAUGAGGUUGCUAAAUAUUUACCGUUUUGCAGAGAUGGAUAAAUGGCGGCGCUCGCUUGUUAGCAGCCUUACCAUCACAAAAUCUGCUUAUGUUCCAGUCAACAGAUUUAUUUGAAGUAAACUGCCUUCUAUGACUAUAUAUAAUUUUUAAUUUUUUAACAAAAUUGUUACAUUUCUUGAUGCUUUGUGUUCACAGAUAAUUGGGGCAUAGCUGUUCAUUUUAAUUUUAAACCCUGUCUGCAUUUAAAUUUAUCAGAUGCAUAAAAUCCUUUAAUUCAAUUACUUUGAAAGUUCCAACUUCCUGCCAGUGAUCUAGAGUACCUUUCCUAAGAGCUACAUGUGUUUUCAUAAAGGUCUUCAAAGAAAUGUCAACCUGCUUUUAUGUCUUAUUUUCAUUGAUUCAUUUCCUCUUGGACCUUUGACGAGAAGGUGAUUAUAAAGUUGAUAAAUAAGAAAAAAAGAAAAAAACACAGUUCACAAUUGAAUGAAGGAGGGGGGGAAACACUUUUAAAUCAAACUGCCGGAUCUUUCUCUGAUGCUCAGCAUUAUGGAAGUCAUGCGAAGAAAAUUUUCCUUAACCAGAAUCUUAUGGUGCAAACAGUUUAUUUUUACAAAUGAAAUGUUUCAAGAUGAAAUAUGAAAUGAUGCUCUGUUUUUGUUCUCCUAAAUUGUCAUUUUAAAAUGUUUAUUCGAGAGUAUGACAUUUUGUGAAUGGAUGUAGCCCGUGUUUUGAAUACUGUCAAGAUAGAGACCCAGAUGUGAUUGUAUUUUUUUUCCCACCAUGACUGUGCUUUGGCUUAUACCUAAUUAAUAAAUGAAAGGGGCAAAUUAAAAUAUUUAAAAAACAGCGGCCCUUAUUUUUCUUCUCCCAAAAAUAAAAAUAAAAGUAUUGGACACCCCUCAAUAAUAACUAAGCAUAUUAAUAUUAAACUGAAGUGAUCAGGUGAACAGUUUGAGCACCGUUUCAUGGUUUAGUGCAUAGUCAUAUGAGCUAAGCUUUAAUGAAAUAAUGUUUCUCUCUUUUCUGCUGUAACUAAAUUUGUUUGUACAUAUAUUCUUCUCGAAUUCUCACGAACCGAUUGGGUCAUUUCAUGAGCAGUGACAACAGAAAACAAAAUAAAGCAUAUAUUUCGGUAAAAAAAAAAAAGAAAAGAAAAAAAAAGAAAGAAAGAUCUUUCAACAUAUUUACAUAACUUCAUGACAGCCAGCAAAUCCUGUGUCACAAAAUUAAAGUCUGAGUUAAAUCACUGUGCUGCGUCAUGUGUCAAGAGUAAAGUAUGAGUUCAGUAACUGUAGUGUGUCUUGUGUCAAAAGUAAAGCAUGAAUUCAAUCACAGUGGGCGUGGCAUGUGGUAAAAUGUUUUGGAGGGACCAAGUAGUGCCUCUGUUGUUGUCUUGUCACUUGAAUGUCGGCGAUGCUCUGUCGGGAUCAAUGUGUCCACAGACCCUGCCAUUUUUUUUAUGGUUCUCAAACCAUUGAAUGGUUCAAAAAGACAAAAGGGACAACCAUUUCAUUCACUAUUUAUCAAACAUACUUCACGUUUCAGACGUAAGUCACACUCAGCUGCCCUGUCAGUUAACAUUAUAAUUUUAUUCAUAAAACACUGUUUUGAAAAACACACUUUUUAUUAAAUAGUGUGUGUUGAAAACUCACUUUCUUUAAAAAAAAAAAAAAAAAAAAAAAAAGGAAGAACAAUUAUUUUUUUAUUUUUUUUUUUGGUACUAUUUAAAACCACCUUUGGGCAUUCUAGCCUGGUCCCAGAAACACUAGCGCACCUGUUGACCGAAUGUUCGUCACUAGAUGUUCCAGGGGGGGAAGCCAGGGCAGUAGGAGAGCCCUACCUGAGGAAAAUGAUGUAUGGCUCAGCUGACAAGAUGGAGCUGGUAGCCAAUGUACCAGCCGGGGGGUCAUAAGAGAGUAAUCUCAGACCUUCACCAGAAUAUGUGUUAGUUAGUUAGUACGGUAACCACCAAAUCAAAAACAAAAAGUGCGGCUGAUUUUUAUAACAACCCACGUGCAACUAUAACUAUCUGGAUUGAGUAAAAGGAAACUAUAACCAAUGUAGGAAUGGAAUACGAGGAACAGAAUAAUUGUAUUUGCUGAAUGAGGAUUUAUGAGAGCUUUAUGUUGCCUUGUGUCUUGUUGUUACACACUUGAAUAGCACCAUUGUUGUAUUUCGGGGCUAGAACGGCCUUAUCAUUUCAGUUCAUUUCCUGAAAUUUGCCCGCUUAAUUUACGAUUGAAUUGUUUAGCGCUGGAAGGCAUACAGAAAAGAGCAUCAAUGGGGGGCACUAUUUUAAACGCUACAUGUAUCAGGGGUACAUUAUUAUUAAUUUUUUUUAAAGAUGUAUCUUUUUGCCUGGUUGGAAAAUUUUUUUUACAAAUUUGUAACUGUUGUUAAUUCAUUUAAGUUUUCUCUUCCAAUUUAUUUGGCUUCUUUUGUUUGUGUUUUCUAUAUAUUUUUGUUCUGCAGUAAUUUCUGUGUAUAAAAAGUAACUUGUCGUGUCAUUAUUUAUUGAAAGUCAUUUUGGGUUAUAGAUAUUUAUUUCUGUUCGGGAAAUAAACCAGCCAAAUUUCUAUUAAAG